CUGCUGCCACCCGGGCCCCCCCGGGGUGGCCUGUCUCACCCAUGCAGCAUCCCAAAACCCUCUAUCCCCCAGCCAUACCCCAGGAAAGCUUCAGCCUGCAGAACCUGGAGGGCCCUGAGGUACCAGGUGGCUCAGAACCCCUUCCCACUGUAGCCAAUGCUAACCUGCACUAUCAGAACCCCGGCUCUGACCAGGAAGUGCUUCCAGCCCCUCCAGCAGGUAUCGGCCGGCACCCUUGAGCCUCGCUCUGAACAGGCUUCAUACCCAAGAUGAGACCCCAGAAUUGCCCUGGGUCCCCUCUACCCCAGACAGAUACCCCCAUAGCUGAACUGUGUCAUGUUUUGAAGUAACACUGGAGAGCAGGCUGAAGCCUGCUUUGGUGACAGCGGCUGCCACUAGGCAAGGCUUUCUGAGAGGCCUGGGCACCCGAAUUCAGGUCGUUGUUUUCCUGAGAGGCAUCAGAGGAGAGGACCCCAACAGUCUCUGUGUCUUGCCCCCCACGAGUCCCCAGAUGACUGGUAAACAGCCAGUUUUCAAGGCUCCUCAGAGGCCAAGGCUGUGUCCUAUGUCCUGGGCUUUGGGACCCUCAACCCCCAUGGCCUGGUUCCCCCAUGGAGCCCCACUCAGGUGUCCACCACCCACAGGCUUCCAGAUGGCUCCCUGCGGCUGCUUCUUCGACCCCCGCAUCUACCGCAUCGAGUGGGCCACCUCCGACUUUGGCCAGUCAUCCCUGUACAAGGUGGCAGUGGCUGGGGGUCCUGCCUUAUCUGGUGGCUACCUGCUGGAGGCCCCGUCCUACCUCAAGACCCCGGGGCCACCACCUCUGCUUUAUCCCCACUACCAGCCGGCCCCCAGCGGGCCACAGUACCUCACACAUUUCCUUCCACCAGAGGAGCCUAUGCCUGAGGCUCUGGGCUUCAUGCGGGACGGAGGGCCCCUCAACUUCAUGGAGGUGCUCAGAGACGGCCUGGCACCCCCGCCAACCCCCAAAGAGACUAAGCCAUCUCCCUUGCUUAUCACAGUCCCCACAGCACACACGCUGCCACCUGGGCCCUAUGGCCAUCUCGGUGGCCAGACCAGCCAGUUUCCAGGACCCCAGGUGACCAUGAGGCCCACCGAGGCCCCCAGGGAGCUGCAGAGUAGUGGUGCAGCCAGGCCGGGUCUGCAGUUCCCUCCUGGGCCUGGAGAGCCCACGGUGGCCAAGGUGGAGGAGGUCACCCCAGUGGGCUCAAGUGAGACCGUGCCUCCCGAGGUGGCUCGUGCGUUCUUCCUACCAGACAAGGUCCUUCUAGAAGAUGCCAUGAAACUUUUUGAUUGUCUCCCUGGUGGCACUGAACCUGAGGUGGCCUUGCACAGGGGUCCUGGCCCCGGACUGCGGGACAGUGGUGGUGGUGGGGACGACUUCCCAACUGACAUCCGCUCCCUGCACCUGCCAGAUGACCUGCUGUCCUUUGACUACAGUGUCCCUGAGAUUCUGGACGCGGUGGCCAACGUGGAUUAUGUUUUCAGCUUCAAGGCCCUGGAGGAUGAGCCGCUGCCCCAUCUUGGGGCCCCUGUCACUGACACGGCGGCCCCUGGCCUGCGGUCCCAUCAACCGGGGAAAAAACCGAGCACAUCCACCAAGAAAGGGAAACCAAGCGGUAGACACAGGCAGGCCACUGGCCUUGCUGGCACCACUGCCACAGGACCCAGGCUGGACCCAGGAGCCACCCCCAAUUAAAGCCAUUUGAUCUCUCA